CUUAUUUCAGUGAAUAGACUGAUUGAGGAAAGACAGAAAAGAGAAGAGCAUGUAAGAAAAAGUGUAAGAAAGGAUUCAACAAUGGUAUACAUUUUUGAGUCUUGAGAAAAAAGGCAGGGUUGUUUUUUUUUUGUUUUUUUUAAAGCUAUAACAUUCAUCAUUAAACUUUGUAAUGUUAGUUUAUGUCUAGAUACAGAAACAACACUGACUUAAAAACACACCUACAAAAAUUCCAGCAGCAGCAGAAUGGCCUUUAACAACACUUUUAUCCGCCUUAUUGAUGCUGAAGUCUCCAUCAGAAAUGGCAAAACCACAGUGGACAUUGAUGCUAUUAUGGAAAACAUCACUAUUGUCUUUUACACAAUCACUAUCCUUUUGGGCACCACUGGAAAUGCUGUGGUCAUCUGGAUGUCUGGAUUCCAUCUAAAAGCCAACGUCACCAAUGUGUGGCUGGUCAACUUGGCUGUGGCAGACCUGAUUUUUUGCCUCACUCGUGUUACUUCAUUGAUUAAGAAACUCUUCUAUGAUUACUGGCCCUUUGGCAUCUUCCUCUGCAAGUUCAAUGGAUUCUUCAAGUACACCAACAUGUUCUGCAGUGUAUUCAUCCUGGCUGUCAUUAGUCUGGAUCGGGCACUUUGUGUUUGGCGACCAGUGUUCACCAGGCAGCGGCGAACUCUUGGUGUAGCCAGACUCAUUAGCGUUGGGGUUUGGACUAUGGCAGUGAUCUUCAGUGUACCAUAUUAUGUGUACCGGCAGGUAUAUAUAGGAAAGAACAACUUGACCAAGUGCUCCUUGGAGGUGCCGCAAUCAACUGCAGGUGAUAAUAGAGCUACACUGGCCUUGUACAGCCUUCGAUUCUUAUGUGGAUUUUUGUUACCCUUCCUCAUCAUCCUAACCUGCUAUGUACUAGCUGGUUUAGGGAUACGGCGAACACGUAUCCUGCACAAAUCACGACCCCUUCGAAUUCUUGUUUGUUUGAUCUGUGCCUUCUUCUUGUGCUGGGGGCCUUACCACUGCCUACUUCUGGCCAAGAUGGUGGACAAGAAGAGCCAGGCAGUAAAAGUGGGCCUGCCCAUUGCUAAGGGCAUAGCCUACUUCAACAGCUGUGUUAACCCACUUUUGUACUUCUGUAUGGGUCUGGACACAAGGCUGCGCUUUAACCAAAGCCUAUCUCGGGUUUACGCUAAAGCUUUAGCUGAAGACUGGGAGGGGCAGACCUCGCAGUCUAAGGCAUGCACAGGUUCAGGAACAGUGGAUGACAGUGGACUUGUAUAUCAAGAGUCAAAGUGACCGGAAAUACAUGUCUGAGGAAAUGGCUAAUGUUUGAGAAAAGCUGAAAAUGUUGCAACAUAAUCACGUGAUCUCCACUUAAGACCGUAGUGAGCUACUGUUGAGAUUAGUCUGUCUUCAGUAAUUUAACAGGUUCAUUUAAAAUACAUUUGUAAAGGUUAGGUUGUUAGGAACUAACAUUACUGCAUUAAUUAAUAUUAACAAAUGUUAAACUAAUAAACCGUAAGUACUGUUGACAAAGUACACACAUUUUGUAAACACAUUGGUGUCUUCUAGCAAGAACAUUGAACCCAUUCGGCUGUGAAACAUACAGGUUAUGUUCAGCACACCUGAAAUAGAGAACAAGUGCAACUGUAGACCUCUAACUGUCACACUAUAGCUCUUAGUCAUAUACACGCAACAUCUGUUUUAGGAACACGUGUAUACCUGCACAUUUAUGCAGUUAUCCAAACAGCCAAUCAUGUGGCAGCAGCACAAUGCAUAAAAUCAUGCAGAUACAGGUCAAGAGCUUCAGUUAAUGUUCACAUCAAGCACCAGGAUUAAGAUAAAAUGUGAUUUCUGUGACUAUAACCGUGGCAUGGUUGUUGGUAACAGAAGGGUUGGUUUGGCCUGGUCUGAGUAAACUGAUGAUCUCCUGAGAAUUUCACACACAACAGUCUCCAGAGUUUUCACAGUAUGGUGCGAAAAGAAAAGAAAAAAACAUUGUAUGAGUGACAGUUCUGUGGGUAGAAACGCCUUGUUGAUGAGAGUUCAUAAGAGAACUCUGUAAAUUAUAAAUUAUGGAGGCUAAAAAAAGUUCUAUUGAUUAAUAUUGAGGUUUAGAUAAGCUGUUUUGAAACUGUUUUGAAAUGGUGUAAUUGCUUGUAUAGAUAUGAUCCAAAGAUGUGUUGUUGUUGUUGUUGUAUAGCUAUGACAUUCAUUAAUAAGUUUGUUCAUUAUCUAACAUGAUCCAUGUCUUCACUAGCACAAUAAAGCAGAUACAAAUGA